UCCAAUGGACGCAUGUUGAGGUUAAGCAUCAUGGUGGUGUGUAUGUAAGAGUCGCAGAAACUGCUCCAGACCCGUCUCUUCUAUCAUACACAGUCGACAAGUGGAACCCAAAUCAAACGAUGCAGCACAGGAGAGAGAGACCGACUAUCGACCCCACACACAACUUCUCGAAAAACGGCCCCCCUUACUGCUACGUCUCAACGGGCCGCUUCCUGGGCGACCGUGACCGUGACCUCGCUCUCUGUAAUUGUGGAGAUGUGCUCCUCACCGACCUGCUGCUGCCCUUUCGACCUCCUGCCUUCGACGCCCCAGAUGACUCACCACCCCCACCAGCCCCUUGCUUGGUCCAAUGUACAGCUUGUGGCCCGUUCAGCUGAUGCCCCGGACUCUCCCCAUUGCCCUCGCCCGCCAGCAGCAGCGCAUCCAGUGGGGUGUCGGUCACAAAUCCGCUCCUCUCCAGCACGUCUGCCGCCUCUCGCAUCUCCAUCUGACUCUGUACAAGGGCGAACAGCGGGUACGGCAGAGAAACGUCCUGCAGGGAGUCGGCCUCCUCGGUCAUGCUGAUCAGCCGCGUCAUCAUCGUCCGCAGUGGAGGGGUGCGCGCCAGCUGCCCGCACGAAUGGGACUGCUUGACGGCCACUGACCGGAGGACAGGGCAGGGUGGACGGCUGGGGGGCAGGAGUAGGUGCAGCAGGGUGGGGUUGGCCACAGUGAGGUGUGUGAGGGACUGCAGGGGCGGGAGGGCGUUGAUCAUGGCUCGCAGGAGGCCAGCGCCGGGCGGGCCGCAUAGGAAAGAGCUGCCCGCGACGGUGAGGUGGGUCAGCUGUGCCAGGUGCUUGAUGAAAGCGAGGGACGAGAGGGGACGGGACACAGUCGAUGACCGCAGCUGCUCGCCUGCAGCAUGAUACAGGCAGGCACACAUGUGAAAUCGUGUGCCAACGUGUUUGCGUGAAGAUGCUCACUUCACUCACCCGCAGCAUCGAAUCUCCCUCUGAGAGCCACCGAGUGCACCGACAGCAGCGGUGCGAUCAUCAGCUCCUUGAGGUUGUCGCAGCGGAACCCGUCCCCAACCAUCUCGCUCAGCGGCACAUCCAUCCGUGGCGCUAUCACCAGCUUCUCCAGCGCCCCAUACGCCUGCCCCGGCACCACGGGCAUCGUGCCACCACCACCACCACCAUGACGGAUCGGGAGGAAAGGCCCCGAUAGCUCAAGUGUGCGCAAGGUCGGCACACUCCGGGCCAGCAGAUCUCUCAGCGCCGUCCUCUCCCGCCCGGCACUCCCUCCACACGCCAACAUGCACUCACUGAGCCGCUGGAUGGACUGGAAAAGGCUCGCAGGGUCGCCGCUGAUGACGCCACCACGCAGCGAGAGGCGGGUGAGUGAGGGCAUCUGCACGCCUGGCGAGAUGACGACCUUGAUGCGCUGAUUGGCGGGCAGGUGGAUGUCCAGGCUGAGUAUAUGUGGGAAGGGGACAGCGGGGAAUGAGAUGGGUGCUCGAAAGGACUUCGGGGACAGCUGGGUGGUGGAGUUGAGGUGCAUGCGGGAGAGCCGCGUGGCCGGACUUCCCUCCUCCCGGCCUGGCGCUCGCUGCUGAACGCUGACGUGGGUGAGGGUGUCGCUGUGCCACCCGAUGACAGGCAUGAAGCGGCCGAGGGAUGAUGCCUCACAGACCUCAAUGCGCUCGAGCCGCUGGAGGAGUCGGAGGGCGUCUCGACGAGAUGACGGUGAGCAUGGCGGCUCGUCGCUGGCCUCCGCGUAUCCACUCAACUUCAGGCUUCGGAUGUUGCUCACUCGUGCCGAGCCGGCCGCGUUGGCAGACUCCGACGCACGGCGAAGACGCACUGGCAGACCUGCACACAGGCAAAACACAACAUCCUUCAUCUGCCCUUGAGCCUCCUCACUACUCUCGCACCUGUGAGGAAUUCUCCCACCCUCCCCUCCCUGUUGAGCAGCUUCGCCACGGCGGAUGAGUCGGGCAGAUGUAGGAAGGAAAGGUGGUGGCUGGCCUCAUCCAAGGCGUCCGACACGGCUGAGAGGGCGAAGAUCUCGUUGGCCUCGAGGAAAGGCAGCAGGUUCUGUGACCAUAUCAACGUGGGGAUCUCGCUGACGACAGAUGACGACAUGCUUAUUGGGCUCCGAUUGUCAGGACGGAAGUCAGCCGCUUUUUUUUCCCGAGG